AUGGCUGCAAAAGUGGUCCCCAUGCCCUCAAAUUCAAAGCAGUCAUUUGUACUGAGAGUUCCUCCAGAUUCCAAACUGGGCCAAGACCUGCUUCGAGAUGCCACGAGUGGGCCCAAAACCAUCCACCAACUGGUGCUGGAACACUUCCUCUCGUUCUUGCCCAAGUCAUCUGGGGUGCAGCCCAGUCAGAGAGCCAAGGAGACCUUGGUCAUUAUGAAGAAUGUGAACGCAAGCCUUCCCAGUAGAGUGCAACCUUGUACGUUACUGAAGCUCUUGCCCAGAGAAGGAGGCCAGCGUAAACAGGACACAGCAUUGCUGUGUGUGAAAGCUGAGCCGGAGGAGCUGGUUGUCUUCCAGGAUUUGAAUGUAUUUCACUCCCAAGAAGAAUGUGUGAGCCAGGGUCCUUCUCAACAGCCCACCUCAGAGAGUGAAGACUGUGGUGUUGGGGAGAUGCUGCUGCUAGCUGUCAAUGAUAGUAAUCAUGAGGGUGACGGUCACCAAAAGGAACCAGCAGAAAAUGACAAUCAUAGAGAAAAGUCUGCAGAAUAUGAUGAAAUUGAUUGUUCCCUGGUCUCUGAACAAUCUCCAGAUUGCCACAAAGAAGAAAGACUAAAUGCAUCCAUUCCACAUGAAAGGAAAUUGAGAAAUCUUUUAGUUACUAUUGAGAAUGAUGCUCCACUUGAGGAACUUUCAAAAUAUGUGGAUAUCAAUGUUAUUGCACUUACUCGAAAUCGGAGAACAAGGAGAUGGUAUACUUGUCCACUAUGUGGGAAACAGUUUAAUGAGAGUUCUUACCUUAUUUCCCACCAGAGGACUCACACCGGAGAAAAACCCUAUGACUGCAGUCAUUGUGGGAAAAGCUUCAACCAUAAAACAAACCUAAAUAAACAUGAACGAAUCCAUACAGGAGAGAAACCUUAUUCCUGUUCUCAGUGUGGGAAAAACUUCCGUCAGAAUUCUCAUCGGAGCCGUCACGAAGGAAUCCACAUAAGGGAGAAGAUAUUUAAGUGUCCAGAAUGUGGGAAAACCUUCUCAGGGAAUGAAGAAUUUGUGCUUCAUCUGCAGAGUCACGAGGCUGAGAGGCCAUAUUGUUGCAAAAAAUGUGGGAGAAGAUUUGGCCGGCUGUCAAACUGUACCCGGCAUGAGAAAACCCACUCAUCAUGUAAGAGCCGGAAACAGAAGUGGGAUUGA